AAACGAGCCGCAGAGUACGGUGUUUCUCGUGUGCGGUAAACGCUGUCUUUCCGCUGCCAAACAGACGAUCUGGAACUAGAAUUUUAAUCUUUUGAUGCCGUAAAAGAGUGAAAGAAUAGCAGCAGACAGCCUUACCUCGUGUAAACUAGCCGGGAAUCAGCUCGGUUGUUCAAGAGCUGCUGUAAAUAGGUGAACAAAGAAGUAUCGAUUCUGGAGAAUCCGAGACACUGGUGCCACCAUUUUAAUUGUGCGUGCGAACGAGAAUUCUUCCAGAAAACAGCGAACGCUCGGAAGGCGAACUCUAAUUAGUAGAUUCUUCGCCGUGUUACGCACGCAUUUGCUUUGAAAUAUCAAUUCAGUGAACACAUUUCUAAACUAACAAUGGCCAGUGCAAACACGGAUGUACCGAUGGAGUCCGUAGAUCCGGCAGGUCCUGCCUCCGGGGCGCUCAGCCCAAACACAGUGAACGGCAACAGCGGCGAUUUGGCGACCAACGCAGACGAGAUGACUUCGAGGGACUACUACUUCGAUUCGUACGCACACUUCGGUAUCCACGAGGAGAUGCUGAAGGAUGAGGUCCGCACGCUGACGUACCGGAACGCGAUGUAUCACAAUAGGCAUCUGUUCAAGGGAAAGGUGGUGCUGGACAUUGGCUGCGGCACUGGCAUCCUGUCGAUGUUUGCCGCCAAGGCCGGCGCUGCGAAGGUAAUCGCGAUCGAUUGUUCUAACAUCAUCGACUACGCACAGAAGAUCGUCGAGGCGAACCAUCUGCAGGAGACGAUCACGCUGGUGAAGGGAAAGGUGGAGGAAGUGUCGCUUCCGGAGGGGUACGAUCACGUGGAUAUCAUCAUUUCCGAGUGGAUGGGCUACUGUCUGUUUUACGAGUCGAUGCUGGACACCGUUAUAUACGCGCGUGACAAGUGGCUCAAGAAGGACACGGGUAUGAUGUUCCCGGACCGUUGCACACUGUUCGUGACGGCGAUCGAGGAUCGGCAGUACAAGGACGAGAAGAUCAACUGGUGGGAUGAUGUGUACGGGUUUAACAUGAGCUCGAUCCGGAAGGUGGCCAUCAGCGAGCCGCUGGUGGAUGUGGUCGAUCCGAAGCAGGUCGUAACCACCCCGUACAUGAUCAAGGAGAUUGAUCUGUACACGGUGAAGAAGGAGGAUCUGGAGUUUGAAUCAACGUUCCAUUUGAUGGUGAAGCGUAACGACUUCGUCCAGGCGCUCGUUACGUACUUCAACGUGGAGUUUACGAAGUGCCACAAGCGGCUCGCCUUCAGUACGGCUCCGGACGCAGCCUACACGCACUGGAAGCAGACGGUGUUCUACUUCGACGACUACUUGACGGUCAAGAAGGGCGAGGAAAUUUACGGCACGUUCAAGAUGAAGCCGAACGUGCGCAACAACCGAGAUCUUGACUUCACCGUCGAUCUAAACUUCAAGGGCGAACUAUCGCAGGUGGACGAGACGAACCAUUACCGGAUGCGCUAGGUCGGGAGCGGCUGCUGGUAAUCCCUUCCAUACUUCCACCGUUCGUCUCUCUGUAUUACCACCUAACCUCCCGUACCCCCACCUUUAACCACUGAACAAUAGAUCAUACUAAAAUCCGUACGUUAUAAUAACGCCGACGGCGAAGUACCAGUGUUUGUUUUCUUCAAUAUGGAUUAGUUGCCCGAUCUCGUGUUGCGCUUAGGAAAAAGAAAAAUUCAUCUGACUACCAACAACAGUAAA